CCUUGAAUCUGCGGCUUCCAUGACGUCUCCUUGCGUGCUCCAUCACUUUUUCUCUCCCUCCCGGGGGUUUCUUGCUCUCUUUCCAUCUUCCUUUGGAUUUGCGGGGGGUGUGGGAGCGGGGAGCCCCCUUGGCCUUUGGCAACCUUUGCCCCAACCGUGCGCUGUCCCUAGCGCGCGCGCCCCUGGCUACCCAGACCGUCUGCUCGGGGCGCCCUGCUCACCCCGCCGCCGGCCCCCCCCACACCCAAGCCCUCCUCUUCUCUGCGCCGGGGGAGCCGGUUGCAAGGCGGCCGCACCUGGCCGGAGAGGUGGGGCCGGUGGAGGAGGUGGGGUUCGGGGAGAACCGGGAAUCGGAGGCACCGAUAGCAGCAUGGAAUCUUCUCCAAGCAGCCUGCGCCGCUGAGUACCACCGGACCCCGCAAUUGGAAUUCCAGUUUUUCCUUGCCCUUUUUUUUUCCACCACCACCGCUACCCCCAAAUUUUUAUGUUUCCUUCCCUCGCUAUUCAUCUGGAAGCGAAUGACUCCACCGCGCUCCUUUGCAAGAAAUUGGAGAUCAUGAUUGAGUGAAACCAGCAGCCGGUCCGCAGCCAGGAAAAGCACAAAGAAGCUACCACCACAAUGGCCAAGUUGACAGAAUCCAUGACUAACGUCCUCGAGGGCGACUCCAUGGACCAGGAUGUCGAGAGCCCCGUGGCCAUUCACCAGCCAAAGUUGCCUAAGCAAGCCAGGGACGACCUGCCCAGACACAUCAGCCGUGACCGGACCAAGAGGAAAAUCCAGAGGUACGUGCGCAAAGAUGGCAAAUGCAACGUCCACCAUGGCAACGUGCGGGAGACCUACCGCUACCUGACGGACAUCUUCACCACCCUAGUGGACCUCAAGUGGAGAUUCAACCUGCUCAUCUUCGUCAUGGUUUACACAGUGACCUGGCUAUUCUUUGGGAUGAUCUGGUGGCUAAUCGCCUACAUCCGAGGAGACAUGGACCACAUAGAGGAUCCCUCAUGGACUCCCUGCGUCACCAACCUCAAUGGUUUUGUCUCUGCUUUUUUAUUCUCCAUUGAGACCGAAACCACCAUUGGCUAUGGCUACCGGGUCAUCACGGACAAGUGCCCCGAGGGAAUCAUCCUCCUCCUCAUCCAGUCCGUGCUGGGCUCCAUCGUCAACGCUUUCAUGGUAGGGUGCAUGUUUGUGAAAAUAUCACAGCCCAAGAAGCGGGCAGAGACCCUGGUCUUUUCCACCCAUGCGGUGAUCUCCAUGCGGGACGGGAAGCUGUGUCUGAUGUUCCGUGUUGGGGAUCUCAGGAAUUCCCACAUCGUGGAGGCCUCCAUCCGGGCCAAGUUGAUCAAAUCCAAACAGACCUCGGAGGGGGAGUUCAUCCCUUUGAACCAGACGGACAUCAAUGUGGGUUAUUAUACCGGAGAUGACCGUCUGUUUCUGGUGUCGCCACUCAUCAUCAGCCAUGAGAUCAACCAACAGAGCCCUUUCUGGGAGAUCUCUAAAGCCCAGCUACCCAAAGAGGAGCUAGAAAUCGUGGUCAUCCUCGAAGGAAUGGUGGAAGCCACAGGGAUGACCUGCCAGGCGAGGAGCUCCUACAUCACCAGUGAGAUCCUGUGGGGCUACCGCUUCACGCCCGUGCUGACCCUGGAGGACGGCUUCUAUGAAGUGGACUACAAUAGCUUCCACGAGACCUACGAGACCAGCACCCCAUCUCUCAGUGCCAAAGAGCUGGCUGAGCUGGCCAACAGGGCCGAGCUGCCCCUGAGUUGGUCAGUGUCCAGCAAACUCAAUCAGCACGCAGAACUGGAGACGGAAGAGGAGGAAAAGAACCUGGAAGAGCAGACGGAGAGGAAUGGUGAUGUGGCCAACCUAGAGAACGAAUCCAAAGUGUAACUCCACCAUUUCUCCCUGCCCAUCCUGGGCUGGAAAACUCUUUCUCCUCUGCCCCACUCCCACCACCCGACAGUCUUUCCCUGAUUUCUCAUUCUCUUCACUGUCUCUCUAAACUUUGUUCUUUAUGUUGCCCUUCCAUGUCUGCAUUCUUUAUAGAAAACAGGUCUUCAAGGUGUAAAAUAUCUACCUGCCCUCACUCAUUUAUUU